UCCAACUAAAACAUGGCCACUAGCCAAGUAAACAAUAUUAUGUUGCUCUUAAAGUGAUUAGUCUUGUAGUGGAGCUCUUGUUUGACGGAGCUUGACCAACAGAAUCCAUGAAAGAAUUUAGAAGUAAUUUCUGUCGAGUUAUCGGUCAUGAAUCUGGAUCUGGUACUGGGGAUGUCCUGUAAUAACAUCAGUUGCCUGGCCUGUGACCGAAACAGCAGCCUUGUGGCUCACACAGCUGCAGGUGUCCUUGUUAUACUUGAUGCAGAAACCAACAGUCAAGUGAAGUACAUCCAUCUUAAUAAAAACUGUGUCUCAUCCGUGAACUUUUCUUCUGAUGGUAAACUGAUUGUGACGGGAGAGAUUGGUUACAGACCAGCUGCUAGGAUUUGGAGGGUUAAGGAUGGUGUAGAAAUAGCCUCACUGUACGGCCAUGACUUCGGUAUCAAGUACGUCCUUUUCAGUCCCUCUAUGGAUGUCAUCGUGACCGUAGGGCUGGAACACGACAACGAGGUCAACGUGUGGGCGUGGCCAGAAAAGCAUCGCUUAGCAACCAAUAAAAUCGUCGAUAUCAUCAGAGCGGUGGCUUUCUCCGAGUGCGGCAAAUUCUUCGUGACGGCGGGAUGUCGGCAUCUCAAAUUUUGGUACCCAAACUUUUUAAGCACUGAAACUUUUCAGACGACGGUGCCUAUUGUCCAGCCACUGUACGGGAGACCUGGUAUCCUAGGCAACAACAAACAUCACAACUUCCUUGACAUCACGUGUGGCAACGGGGUCAGCAACGGGCUGGUCUACGCCAUCACCAAGACUGGGGAUCUCAUCAUUCUUACAGCAGAAGACCGCCAGAUCAAGAGUCACACGAGUAUAGAGGGCGCUCACGCCACGUGCGCAAAAGUAGAAAACCGGAUUCUUUUUCUUGGUUUCAGUGGCGGACAUGUUCACCUGUUUCAUUCCAUAUUUUUAGUACACCUGGCUGCGUUGCCUGUGCCGGCGUUCUUCAUUCAGACGCCUCAGAAAGUUGGCGGCAUCUUCACCAUGGUGUACAACCCGAACAAGACACUUCUGACCACGGCCUACAAAAACUCUUGCAUGUGCAUCUGGGACAUCAACGACCUCAAUAAUAUUAAGCAGAAGUAUGUUGCCGUGUACCACAGCAAAGCCAUCGCAAAUGUUGACAUCUUCAUGUCCAACAACAUCGGGGAGCCUGUCCGCGAGACGCUGGUCACAGUGUCCCACGACUACAGCGUCCACCUGUGGGGGAUCCAGAUCUCUAACUUCAUCUGCUACGACCGCCUGAGCAUUCUGUACACCGAGAUGCCGCCCGCCAGCCCGGAAGUGACGCAGAGCGAUGAGUCGCAGGAGGAUGACAGAGUUAUCACAACCGUCAAGGUGAGUCCAGACCGGAAGUACAUUGUGACGGGCAACAAAAUGGGCAACAUAUUUGUGUACAGUAAAGACACAUACGAACAUACGAUGACCAUUCUGGCCCACAAUCGGGAGGUCACCUGCCUGGCUUUUUACUCCAAUAAGGCAGGAAAUCCCGGCACGUUCAUACUGGUCAGCGGCAGCCGUGACCGCCUGAUCCACGUGAUGGACGGCAAGAACGACUUCCAGCUGGUCACCACGCUGAACAUCCACUCCUCGUCCAUCACCGCCUUGAUGAUCUACGAGUUUGGCGGGAUCGUCUGCAUGAUCUCGUGCGCGGCGGACAGGAGCUUGAGUAUUUGCACCGCUGCGCCACUAGAUAAAGACGGGAACGAGCAUCCGCCUCUGUUCCACCUGACCAAGUGCGCCUCCAUCGUGUCUUCCCCCGCGGACAUCACCUUGAACUUUGUGACAGAGCAGCUGGCUCUGGGCUGCCAAGAUGGCUACGUCAGGAUCUUAGACAUGGCGCUCCUACAGGAAAAACGAAUGUUUCGAGGCUGCCCGUCGGAAGAAGGUCAGAUUCAGAAGAUCAGCUUGGAUGACAAAGGGUCCCUCCUGGUGACCGCCGCCUCUGACAGAACUAUCAACGUCAUUAACUUCUACAAUGGGGAUAUUCUCAUCACAGUCCCAGGCCACACAAAGUUCGUCACUGGACUUCUAUUUUCUUCUACCGGAGAUCGAAUCAUUUCUACUUCAAUGGAUGGAUGCAUCUUCAUUUGGCGCCUCACCGAAAAGCUGCUUAUGAAACGUAAAGAGAUCACCUUCUGCACCGAGGCCAGCCGUCUCAUCAAGGUCCCAGAAGACAUCAGCUACAAGCAGCUGCUGUUACUCUUCAACAAAAUCAACCCGGAGGACGCCGCCAAGUCUUUACAGGAGCAUUCCAAGGAGGCCCGGGGGAGCAGCAAGGGCGGGCCUUUCGUCGUCAACGAGGUGGGGCGGGGGUGCAAUGAGCAGAACGACACGCCCUUGAGUGUGGCAGAGCCUGGGAACCUUAAGGGCACAGGAGAAGGCAGGAAGCCCAAGGAGCACGUGCUGGAAGACCAGAACAACCUUGCCUCGAGCAGGAUGCUGGACUUGGACACCCCCAAAGAAACAACAGACAAAACUCUAUGACAUUUUUAAUUCCUUCGGCACCAAGUGAAAUGAAUAGAGAUACUGAACAUAAAAAAACCCAGAAAGUCUGUUAGACAGGGCUCUUAAUCCGUUCAACAAGUAUAGGAUAAAUUUGUAUCAGAGAAAACUAAUAACAAUUCUUUCCAAAGUAAAGACCACAAGCUUCAAUCAAUCAAGCUUGUAUAUUUCUGAAACAUAUUUGCUUCAUUUUAAGAAUCUCCAAUGUCAAGCAAAGGGUGUACUUGGGUUGAGUUAUGUUUUUUUCUGGCUCAAAACUUGUUUGUAAUAUCUUAAAACAAAAUUCACAUUUUAGAAACUCAAAAGCUCUUGUAUUUGGCAAAAUUCUCUGUAUUUGGCAUAAUUCUCAUGGGCUAUGAAUCAAAUCUUGGGUAUUUUUCUGGGUUUAGCAGCUUAACAAAGUAAAGAAUUACAUAGGCUUAGGAUGAAACUUUUCUAUGUUGAAAACAAAAUUGUUAAACUGAGAAAUUGUUAGACUGUGUUUUUAUUACAGUGUAAUCUACCUAAAACUGUGUUGUUUCUUUUUUUUU